UUAUAUAUAUAUAUAUAAUGGUUGAAAAUGGCGAUUCUCGAGUAAACGGGUAGCCGUAGCGACGAAGAGAGGGGUGAGAAGAGGGAAGAAACGGUGCUCGUGAAGGUGCAGCGUAAAGAGGGAAAGAGAAUUGGAAGAAAAAAAAGGAUCGAAAUCUGAAAAAGAAUGGGAAAGAAAGUUCAACAAAUUGGUCCAACUAUUUUCUCUUUGUAGAUUCAUUCCUUGCUUCCUUCUUUAAUUUCACGGGAUCCCCAUUUUCUUCUUCUUAUCUUCUUCUUCUUCCAUGUCUUUCUCAGACCCCUUCUGUUCUUUACUGUUCUUCCAAUAACAGGGAUAGCCCUGAAACUAGAUUGUGUUGGGUUUCUGUUUUUGUUGUGAUUUGUGAAGCAAUGUCUCAUACUGUGAAAUCGAUUCAAGAAAUGGGUUCUGAUUCUUUAGCGGAGAGGUUUCGGGAUGAGUUUAGUUUGGAGGGUAAUAAGCCUGAUGUGAAAGACCACGAUCUGAGCUCUCCGGUGUCGCCAUUGAUGAUGAAUCGGAGCUCGGUUACCGGUGAUAAUGGCUAUGGGAUUGGCGGACCCAACACUUCUAGUAGCAGUUCAAGCUCCUCCGGUUCGGUUACGGGGAAAACUAACAAUACCCAAAUCGGUAAAAGAUCAGAGGGCAAACCGGAUAAUCAUUCUGGGGAGUUUUCAGUGUCGUCGGAGAUGAGUCCAAGUGGCUUCGAUGGUCACCGAUCCGCCGCGGCUGUUCGGAAUUUGAGACCGGGUCAUAGACGGUCGUUUUCGACCGGAUCGCCGCUAAUUUACUCGGGCAAAACCCUUACGAGUACGAGCAAUGGAGUGAAUAGCAGCGGGAUCAACUCGGCCUCUUCGAAUCCUAUCAGUAAUGUGUUUCCGAGCGGCAACAUUUGCCCUUCCGGCAAGGUUUUGAAGGCGAACAUUGCUGUUAGAACCCCUAAUCGGUGCGAUACGCUUGGCUCUGGCACGGGGAAUUACGGCCAUGGUAGUAUUAUUCGCGGCGGUAGCGGUGGCGGUGGCGGCGGAGGUAAAUUGGGUAGUCUGGGAAAUCUUGGGGAAGGUAAUUUUGGGUCUGGGAAUUUGCAAUUUGGUAGUGAAAAUUCAAUGGCUAAAAGGGUAAUGGCGAGCUCCGAUCCAGAGGAGGUUAAAAGAGCUGCGAAUGAGAUGUAUAGAAGAGGGAAUUUUGUUGAAGCUUUGUCGUUGUAUGAUCGUGCAAUUUCGUUGUUCCCGGAGAAUGCAGCUUACCGGAGCAACCGAGCGGCGGCGUUGACGGCGCUUGGUCGGCUGGGGGAAGCGGUGAGGGAAUGUGAGGAGGCUGUGAGGCUUGAUCUCGGUUAUGGGAGGGCGCACCAGAGGCUUGCUGCUCUUUAUCUCCGUUUCGGGCAGGUAGAAAAAUCCCGGAGUCAUCUCCUAUGCUCAGGACAACCAGAUCAGUCCGAGUUGCAGAGAUUGAAGUCGCUCGAGAAGAUCUUGAAUCAGUGUGCCGAUGCUCGAAAAGCCGGUGACUGGAAGAGUGCUUUAAAGGAAGCUGAAGCAGCAACAGCAGCUGGAGCAGAUUUCUCUCCACAGCUUGUUGCAUGUAAAGCCGAAGCCCUUUUGAAGCUCCAUCAGCUAGAAGAUGCAGACUCCUGCAUAUCAAAUGUUCCCAAGUUGGAAACUCUGGCUUCAUGCUCACAAACCAAGUUCUUCGGUAUGCUUGCUGAAGCGUACGUGUUCUAUGUUCGUGCCAUGGUCGAGAUGGCAUUGGGAAGGUUUGAUAAUGCAGUUCUGGCAGCUGAGAGAGCUGCCAAGAUUGACUUCAAUAAUCUUGAAGUAGCAAAGUUGUUGAGCAAUGUGAAAAUGGUGGCAAGAGCUCGAUCUCGGGGUUUCGAUCUUUUUAACUCCGGAAGAUAUACAGAAGCCUGUACAGCGUAUGGAGAGGGUCUCAGGUACGACAGCUCGAAUCAUGUUCUUUAUUGCAAUCGAGCGGUUUGUUGGGCGAAGAUUGGACUUUGGGAGCAAUCUGUUGAGGACUGCAAUCAAGCCCUCAAGAUCCAACCGAACUACACGAAAGCCCUUCUUCGUAGAGCUGCUUCAAAUGCAAAGCUUGAAAGAUGGGAAGACGCAGUGAAAGAUCUCGAGUUCUUGAGGAGAGAACUUCCUGGAGACAAUGACGUUGCUGAAUCUCUACACCGAGCACAGGUUGCAUUGAAGCGAUCUCGUGGAGAGUUAGUCGAUCAUAGAACAGUAAGUGGCGAGGUAGAGGAAGUUUCAACUCUCCAUAAACUGAAAGCUGCAAUAUCAUCAACUGGCGUUUCAGUGGUUCAUUUCAAAGCUUCCAACGAUAUAUGCGAUGAAACAUCUGCGUUCAUGAAUAUGCUAUGCAUACGCUACCCAUCUGUUAAGUUCAUAAAGGUGGACGUGGAGGAGAGCGUGGCCGUGGCGAAGGCUGAAGGCAUAAGAACGGUUCCAGCGUUCAAGAUAUACAAGAACGGAGAGAAGAUGAUCGAAAUGAUCCGUCCGAGCCACCAUUUUCUGGAGGACUCAGUGAGAAGUUGCAUACAAACAGUCCCAGCAUCAUGUCAUGGUUAAAAGCUCUGGUAACUCUUUUCAUACAUAAAAAGUUAGUAAUUUUACUUGUAACAUAAUCAACUACAUAAUUGUUUCCUAGAAUUCUAGGCAGAGGAACCCUCAGAGACCAUAAGUGUUUCUUACUUCUUCCACCUUUGCGGUAAUUUAUUUCUUUCAUUUGUAAUAUUCAACUUAUAUUCUUCCUUAUUUGAAUCCCAUUUGUUUUCAUGCUCUCA